UCUCUUUCUCUCACACACACACACAUGCUGGCUCACACACUCGCUCCUGUGCAGACUUCGGUGUUGAGAUGAUGACGAUGAUGCUCCUCUUCUCGUUCUCCUCUCUAAAGAAGAGAAACUAGUCUCAGAGGGAUGUUGAUGCAACAGCACGUCCUCCCCCCUCCUCCUCCCGCCUCCUGCCGAGCGCCUCCUCACUUCAGGAGGAUUUAAGCUGCGGACAGAGUUCUGCUCCUCUGGAUCUUCCUGGGUUUUUUUUUCUCCUCACACUGAAGGAUGCUCAGAUCUAUCACGGAUUGGGAUUAUUACUUGUCCAGCUGUCAGUGGUCCUGCUGCCCUCCUCUCUGCCCUGGCAUCAUCACUGUCUGAGCCCCCCCUCGUUUAAAGGGGAGCAUGUCAGAGGAACCUGCCAUGCCCAAGGAGAUGAAGCGCAGCAGAUUUGAACCUGUGAACCAGAGCUGUGGAGUUUCUGAGUCCUGAGGAGCUUCAGGAGCUCUCAGGUUCACUGACUGACCCCCGCCCCCUUGGAGCAGGAGCUGCUCGUCUCUGAGGACCACCGAAGCCAUCGGUGAUGACGUCACCGAGGCGAUGACUCUGGUUGGGACGAACUAAGAGCCCAAAGAUGACCCAGGAACAGUGCUCUCACAGGAACAAUGUCCAGAGUUCAGACAAACCACAAGUGUACAAAGUGGGAAUCUACGGCUGGAGGAAACGCUGCCUUUACUUCUUCGUCCUGCUGCUGAUGAUCCUCAUCCUCAUCAACUUGGCUCUUACCAUUUGGAUCCUGAAGGUCAUGAACUUCACCAUCGACGGCAUGGGCAACCUGAGAAUCACAGAGAAAGGCCUGAAACUGGAGGGAGACUCCGAGUUCCUCCAACCCCUCUAUGCCAAAGAAAUCCAGUCCAAACCAGGCCGUCCACUGUUCCUGCAGUCGUCCAGAAACGUCUCGGUCAACAUCGUAAACAACAACAACCAGCUGCUCACGCAGCUUGUAACAGGAUCCAGUGGAUUUAAAGCACAAGGCAAGAUGUUUGAAGUCAAAUCCACCUCUGGGAAGCUGCUCUUCUCUGCAGACGAGCAGGAAGUGGUGGUGGGCGCCGAGAGGCUCCGAGUUAUGGGGGCCGAAGGAGCCGUGUUCAGCAAAUCGGUGGAGACGCCGCACGUCAGGGCCGAGCCGUUCAAAGAACUGCGGUUGGAGUCCCCCACCCGGUCUUUGUUGAUGGAGGCCCCCAAAGGAAUCCAGAUCCUAGCCGAGGCCGGAGACAUUCAGGCCAUUUGCAGGAACGAGCUGCGACUGGAGUCCAAAGACGGAGAGAUUACCAACAAACCGAGGGUUGCCCCGACUUUACAACAAAACCUUUUGGUUUUUCAUUUGCUUUCCAAACUGAGACUACUCUUCAAGAAGAGAACGAGGCCACAGUCCAACCUCCACAAACCUACAUCUUUAGAGAUUCUGCAGUCAACAGAAAGCUGCCCAGAGAGCAGGAACAUKGUGGAUAAUCAAGACCGAGCUGGACCGCAGGUUUCACUCCCUGAUGGAGUCACCGUCGUCCCGGUUCUUACAGUUCCCCUCCCCAGAGGUCUGCUCCGAUCGGGCCAGGCGGGUCACACGGCGGCGAGCUUCCUCUGUAAAUUGGUUGUGACAAAGCAGGAUGGCAGCUUUGUGUCGCCGCUGAACCCCAAACAGACCUCAUCUUCUUCUCUGUAGCGUGUUUACCGUCUGCUGCCAGAGUCCGACGGCCGGUGCAGCAGAAGUGAUGGCACCAUUCCUCGACUCCUUCUGCCAGCUCCACACGUCCCCUCAGCUCCUGAAUCUUUUAUCACCUCGAUGGUCCGGUCCAGAGGAAGGGGAGUGGUGGUGCUGGUAAGAAUCUUCAACAAUGAUCUCACCAUGACGCCCAACAUCAGCAGAACUGGACCUCUGCUUUGUUACAGCCCUGGAUUUAUGGCUUUUACCUUUUCUUACUGGAUUUAAUUAUUUACAAACCUCUGGAGUUGAUCUUAUUCUGACAUGAAGACGUGUUGAAGCUC